UUAAUGUCUUUAUCUAAUCUUUAUAUUUUACUGCGUUAAAAAAAUCGUUUAAUGAGUUAGUCCCAAAUAAAGUUUUCUGUUAUGAACAUUUUAGAUUUAAACGAUUAUUCUUUACUUGGAAUAAUCGAAUAUCUUAAUUCAACGGAAUUAUGGCAAUUAAGCAGGUAAAUAAUUAAUUUAACACCAUUUCAAAUUAAGCUAUUAAACCUUGAUUAAAGGACGUGUAAAAAAUUUCACAAUUUAAUCAAACAUAAAAAAUUAUGGUGGAUAAUUGAUGCUAGAGAUUCCCCGCAUGAUCUCAAUAAGAUCACUUUUUGCUUCAAAAAUAUAAUUGAUGUAACCAAAGAAAUUAGAUUUUGUUCGGAGAGCAGGUGUGGAGAAAUUAUUCCGAACGAUUUUAUCGGAUAUUUAAAAUACACAAAUUUGGUUAUUAUAGCUUUGGAGAAUCAAAAAAUAUCUGGCAAUAAAGUAAAUAUAAAAAGUGUUAUCGUCUUGAAAGACUAAACCAAAAACUUCAAAACAUUCGGGUUUAGCCGUCUUUAAAGACGCAUCAAACAUUUAAAAAUUACCUAUAUAAUAUUAUUAAAAUUUCAUAUUAUAGAUACAAUUAAGUGAGUUCCCUCAAAGCUUGAUUGAACUGAGCUUGAGAAAAACAUACGUGACUCAUCCAUCCACGUUUAUCGAAAACAGCUCGGUUCAAAUGAAAAACUUAAAAGUCUUUAUAUUAGAUGAAUGCUUUUGGGUGAAUGGAAAAUUUAUUUAUAUAUUAGGAACAUAUUCUGCUUUAGAAAUCUUAUCGCUUUAUAAAUGCAAAAAAUUAUUCGAUUUUGAUAUAAGAUAUCUCACCGAUUUUAAUAAACUACGAAUUAUUGACUGUCGCUUUUCCGGAUUAGGAAACGAAUUUUUUAAGUACAUGACUCAAAAAACCCAACUACAAGAAAUGUAUUUCGAAAAUUACCUAACAAUGUAUUUCCCCACAAAAAUCGAACGCGAAAAAGAAUUAAACUCGGGUUCCCAGCCUAAAAAAUACUCGUACUAUUCUAAAGUGGACGAUAUUGCGUUAUGGGAUAAAAACGUUGUGAACCAACAUUUUGGCGAGGAUUGCGAUACUCGUAAGCGUGCCUAUGGACAUGUGAAUUAUUGUGGAACAACGCUUUAUUCCGAAGCUCAAGCUAUCGAAGGGAACGAUAACAAUUUUAAAAGUAUUUUAUAUGAACCACCUUAUGAUAAGUGUACGUGCGGAUUAAAUUCUGAAACAAUUCGUAUAAAUACAGCUAAAACGGAAUAUUUGAAAAGAGAUAUAGGGCAUGAUAGAUUUCCAAGAGAAGUAAAUGAUCCAUUUGAAUUAAGAGAAUGUACAGGAUAUAUUUAUGAGUUGAGUUUUAGAGCUAAUGAUCCUAGAAAUUUUAGGAAACAUGAAUCCGAAAUAUGUAUCAGAAAUGAUUUAGACCUAUCAAUUUUUGAACAUACAACAGAUGGUUCUGAUGAUCCCAGAAAUUUUAUAAUACAUCAUCAAGAUAUAGACUUCAACGAAAUUUAUCCUCAAACAUAUAGGAGAUUUACAAAGCCUGGAGAUGUAACAGGAACUGUUGUGAGCAAAGAAGGUAUAGAACAGUUUUUAAGAUUAAAUCCCGAUUGUAGGAUUAUCCACGAAAUUAUGUGUACAUGUAAACCAAAAAUUCAUUUUUAA